AAAGUGGCGCGCCGGCGGGAAAAGCGCACGUGGCGGCGGGAAGUCUGCGUGCUGCGCUGCUUCGCAGGUGUCGGCGGCUCCGCGCAGAGGACGCAGCAUGUUCGCGGGCAGGGCGAGCCCUCUCUUCUUGGACUCCUCUGGCAUCUGGUGGCAGGACCCAGCAUCAGUGGCAGCAGUGGAGGCGUCCUGGGAUGUGCCGGAGGUGGCAGCUCUGCACAGGGCUGCAGAUGAUGACUCAGAUCAGAGCCACCAGGAGGAGGACAGCUUGGAGGAGCUGGGUGUGCAGGACCCUGAGCUGGAAGCCAUCAAAGCCAGAGUGAGGGAGAUGGAGGAGGAGGAUGAGAGGCUGAAGGAGCUGCAGCUGGAGGCGGAGAGCUGCCUCCUCAUGGGCUCUGAGGCAGGUCUGUUCCAGAGGAUGACUGAGGGGAAGGUGGAGGCUGACCAGCGGUCCAUCUACGUGGGCAAUGUGGACUACGGGGGCACGGCAGAGGAGCUGGAGUCUCACUUCAACAGCUGCGGGCGGAUCAACCGCGUCACCAUCCUGUGCGACAAGUUCUCGGGGCAUCCCAAAGGGUACGCAUACAUCGAGUUUGAGCAGAAGAGCUCUGUGAAGGCAGCGGUGGAGCUGGAUGAGAGCGUGUUCAGGGGCCGUGUCAUUAAGGUGCUGCCCAAGAGGACCAACAUGCCGGGCAUCAGCAGCACCGACCGUGGCGGCCGCCGGGGUCGCUUCCAAGCCCGGGGAGGGCUGAUCCCACGCUGGGGCUACUACGGCGGGCAGCACGUGAGGCUGCGGGGGAGGACGUACAGGGGUCGGGCGAGGCUGCUGCCUUGGUAUUUCCCGUACUAGAAAGGAGGACUGCGCUGCCCUGGAGAUGCCAAUGGGACUGAAGAGAUGGGAUUGGAGAGAUUUAAAAACAGACAAACAAAAAAAUGCCUACCCAAGCCAAAAAAAAAAGAUUAAUUUUAAAAUGCCAUCUGCCUGCCCGUGGGGAUUACUGGUGGCAGCCGAGUGCUGUGCAGCUGGAGCUGGGUGUGAGGGGGAAGACUGGAUCUGCUCUGCUGGCAUCCCAGGAGCCAUCUCCUUACCUUAGGGCUUGUUUUUAAAGGGGAAACUUUUCUGUUAAAGGCAGGCUGGGACACCACCAUUACAACGUGAAGUUCUGCAUUGCAAUCGGUUUUAUUAUGUAAUUCUCACGCUAAUCUUUCAGGAUCCUUGGUUAUAGGAGUCCUCUAGCCCAGAUGAACUGAGUCCUAAAGCAGCUUUUCACAGCUCGGGGCACUGCCAGACUAAAAACGCCACUGAGUUUUGUUUUCCCUAGGACUUCAGGAUAUAUGUAUGUAUUUUUUUUUAAAGCUUGGGGCCUUAACUCUUGUGUUGGUUUUGUGUUCUGUCCAGUGUGGGCUGUGCUGCUGAGGCUGGCCUUGGUUUCUCAGUCUGAGAGGCCCAUGGGCUCAGACUACAAAACUGGCUUCUUCCAGGGCUUUAAGCUUUCGUUUAGUAGGUUUGUCAAUCAUCGAGAUUUAAUUUUUUAAUAAAAACUACUUUUGUGUCUGGGUUGCUUUGUGCUGAGUUGUGGAAUAGGAAAUGCUGAACUCUCCUCUCUGUGAGUGAGAGGAGUGAAGAAUUUUAUAGGAAAUGGUCAGAAUAGCAGUGUUGUACAGCUGCGCCUUGUUUAGAUGGUGGGAGAGCCUCAAAUGCUUUCACCUCCCACUAUUUGACAGCUUCUUGCUGAUUAAAUGUAUUUAAGUUCUGUUUGAGAAGGUAUUGUAAAUGUCACUUAUUUUUAAAAUAAAUGAUCCUGCUGUGUGAACCUCA